AUGGAGUUUAACGGAGAGAGAGCUGAUGCUUUGGAGGAAGUUGUUGAUGAACCAGUGAGCCCAACUGGUCAGUACUUCAAUAGUUCGGUGCUCUCUAUCUCCAUCCUCGCAACUUUGGAGAUAGAUAUCCCCAUUGCUGCCUCACAGGCUUGUUUUUUGCUUAAUACUGUUUUCCUUCCCAUCAACCCUCGCUUCUCCUCUCUCAUGGUUAGAGAUGAACAUGGUGUGAAACAAUGGAAGAGGGUGGAUGUGAAGGUAGAAGACCAUGUUCAUGUCCCUAUCUUUCCAGAUGGGUUAUCGCUGGAAUCUAACGACGAGUACCUGCAAGAAUAUUUAUCAAAAAUAGCCAUGGAAAGGUUCCCACAGAGCAGACCCUUGUGGGAGAUUCACUUAAUCCAGUACCCAACAAGUAAUGCAGCUGGGUCUGUAAUAUUUAAGCUUCAUCAUGCAUUGGGUGAUGGCUUCUCACUCAUGGGAGCUUUGUUUAAUUGCUUGAAAAGGGCUGAUAACCCUUCUGUUCCUUUAACUUUUCCUUCAUCAAGGCAGGGCCUGAGUUCAUAUUGCAACAGAAACAGUUUCUUUAAGAGAGUGACUGGCCUUCUAUCAAUGAUCCUCAACACUACCUCGGACUUUGCUUGGAGCAUUCUAAAGAGCAGUUUCUUGGAAGAUGAUCGGACACCAAUUAGGGCUGGCAAUGAGGGGGUGGAGUUCCGGCCGAUCGGCAUUUCAACGGUGACAUUCUCUCUAGAUCAGAUCAAACAAAUCAAGGAAAAGCUUGGUGGGACUAUUAAUGACGUCAUUACUGGGAUCAUAUUCUACGGAACAAGGCUAUACAUGCAAAAUUGGGGUCCUCCAGGUUCUAGCAAUUCAAAAUCAACGGCACUGGUGCUCCUAAACACUAGAAUAGUUACUAAUUAUCAAUCACUUCAAGAGAUGAUUAAAGCAGAUUCCAAGUCACCAUGGGGCAACCGGUUCGUCUUCUUACACGUGCCGAUUCCAAAUGAUCCGGCUGAUGCAGAAAUGGUGAACCCUCUUGACUUCGUCUACAAAGUACGUGAAAUAAUUAAAAGGAAAAGAGGGUCAUUAGGGGUUUUCCUUACCGGUGAAUUACUUGAGAUGAUGAGGAAAUUCAGAGGUCCUGAGACAACAGCUCAAUAUAUCCAUAGCACGUUGAAGAACACAAGCAUGGUGAUCACGAAUAUGAUUGGGCCAAUGGAACAAAUGGCAUUGGCUGAUCAUCCUGUUAGAGGAAUGUACUUCGUGGUGGUUGGCUCACCUCAGAGUCUCACUGUAUCAAUUGUGAGUUACAUGGGAAAACUAAGGGUGGCAGUAGGAGCAGAGAAAGGCUUCAUAGAUGACAAAUUGUACGCUUCUUGCUUGGAAAAUGCCUUCACAAGGAUAUUUAAAGCCGCACUAUGCAGUACUUGACUACAUGAUGUAAAAGAGGGAGACCCUUAAAGAGUUCCUGUCUCCAAUGAAGUAUAUGGUGAUCCAAUGAGUAAUAAAGGUUGCAGCCUCUGCUUGAAAAGUAGGUAUUGGGAGUGUGGAUCAUCUAAGAAUCGACUUCUAUCACAUUUAUCCCUCCCUUUUCUAUCAUUCCCCCCUCUCCCUUGGAUAGUUCCUUAGUAUAACAGCAGGAAAAAAUAAAAGUCGAAUGAAAUAUGACUUUCAUGUGUCAAAACUGAUUCGCUAGAAAUGACUUAUUAUUACUAUUAUUUAU